AUGACAUCUGCACCAGCAGAUGUAUCGGUCAAGGUUCUGCCCUGGGCGACUUUUGCCUAUCUGCAACCAAAGAAUCGUCAAGAUCCGAAAUGGACAUACCGUCAGGCUCUUGUGAAUACAAUUCUCAAGGUGUGCUUGCACAAGUACUGCACAUUUCACAAGGGCUCAUCACAGGUCUCUCUCAAGCCCGGUCUGGAAAGAAGUCGAUUUGUUCUAAUCGAUCCUGCAAGAUCUGACUUGUACAACGGAGUCGCUUACAGCCAGGUGACCAGCCCAGAAAUUGUUGGGGCUACAUGGUACCCUCGACGACCUUCCCGCGAUUUUGUUAUUCCCCACGACCAGCACAUUAUGCUCCACUUCCAUGGUGGGUCGUAUAUUGUAGGGGAUGGUCGCAUAAGCUCAUGUGGAUUCCUGGCUAAGCACAUGCUUGCCCAUACACCAUCACAGUAUGUUUUAAGCGUCCAGUAUCGACUCACUGGCCCACCGAAUGGACGCUUCCCGGCCCAGCUACAAGACGCUAUUUCGGCAUACUUCUAUCUGCUCGAUUCACUCCACAUUCCGGCCUCACAAAUCAUUUUGUGUGGUGACAGUGCUGGCGCUAAUCUUGCCCUUGGUCUCUUACGAUAUAUCACAAAUUUUGAUAAUUCAACACUCCUCCCUGCCCCCAAAUGUGCUUUGCUCCUCUCUCCGUGGACCAAUAUUCCCGAGGCCGUGGAUACAGAAGCUUGGGAUCGCAGUGCAAAUUACAAGACGGAAUACGUCCCUGCAUCAUUCCCGGCCCGAGGCGCUACCUUACUCUUGCAUGAUCUUGAAAUUACCAAGUCGGUCGAAGAGCAAAUUGCCCCCAUAAAGCACCCUUUCUCCUUACCCGCGCCAAUACUCGUGGUAACGGGAGGAAAGGAAGUGCUGUGCGAAGAAAAUCGCGCAUUCGCUCAAACCUACAAGUCCUUUGGCCACAAUGAAGCUAUGGUUGACCUCUACGUUUCCGAACCGACCCCCCAUGAUCUGUUUAUGAUUGGAUGGAUCAUGGGUUUUCAAAAGGAAGCGCGAGAGUGUGCUGAGGUUGCAGGGACUUUCAUACGACAGUUCAACGUACAACGAAAUGAGCGAUGA